AGAGAUUUGGUAAUGGUUGAACGAUUAAUUCACCAACUCAACCUUCAAAAAUCAACAAGACAGCAAGUCCUUCAAAUGAUUGACUCCACUUCUUCUUUUCUUUUUUCCUUUUUCCUUUUUCCACCCCUUAUAUUUAUCCAAAUAAUUAUUAAAAGCAUAAAGUUCAAAUCCAUAUCAAAAAAAAUUCCCUCUAUUUUAAGGAGACAUAUUCCAAAAUAUUCAACCAUAAAGUCAUAAAAUAAAUAAAAAUAAAAAGCUCACUCUCUCACUUUCUAAAUAGUGGGUGGUGUUUCUUCUCUUCCUUCCAUUCCUUCCAACCCUCUCUACUCUACCCACACAAAACACACUUUGUGUGUGUCUUGUUUUCUACUUUUCUUUCAUAUAGUUUCAAUUUUCACUCACUUUUCUUCCAUAACUCAAAAAAAAUGCGUUUCUUUCUUCUCCUUUUCUUUCUCUUCCAUUUCCACCACCAUAUUCUCUCUGCUCCCAUCUCAGAAUACCGUGCACUUCUCUCUUUUCGUGAAUCAAUUACCGAUUCUACCCCUCCCACACUCUCUUCAUGGAACACUUCAACCACUCACUGUUCAUGGUUAGGUGUAACAUGCAACACACGCCGCCACGUCACCGCCUUAAACCUCACCGGACUUACUCUCUCCGGCGAACUUUCCGAUCAUCUCUCUCACCUCCCAUUUCUCACAAAUCUCUCACUUGCUGAUAAUAAAUUCUCCGGUCCUAUCCCUCCGCCGCUCUCCGCCGUCUCCGGUCUCCGGUAUCUUAACCUCUCCAACAAUGUCUUCAACGGAACUUUUCCUUCUGAGCUUUCUCAGCUGAAGAAUCUCGAAGUUCUUGAUCUCUACAAUAACAACAUGACCGGAACGCUUCCUCUUGCGGUGACGGAGCUUCCGAAUCUCCGUCAUUUGCAUCUUGGAGGUAACUACUUUACCGGUCAGAUCCCGCCGGAGUAUGGACUAUGGCAAAGGUUAGAGUAUUUAGCUGUUUCCGGUAAUGAACUUAUCGGAACUAUUCCACCGGAGAUCGGAAACUUAACAAGUCUCCGUGAGCUUUACAUCGGUUACUACAACACUUACACCGGCGGCAUUCCGCCGCAGAUUGGAAACUUAACUGAGCUUAUCCGUCUCGAUGCUGCUUACUGCGGUUUAUCCGGCGAGAUACCGUCGGAGAUGGGGAAGCUUCAGAAACUUGACACACUGUUUCUUCAGGUGAAUGCACUUUCUGGUUCCCUGACAUGGGAGCUUGGAAACUUGAAAAGUUUGAAAUCAAUGGAUUUGUCUAAUAACAUGUUAACCGGUGAGAUUCCGACAAGUUUUGGUGAACUGAAGAAUCUAACACUUUUGAAUCUUUUUAGAAACAAGCUUCAUGGUGCUAUACCGGAGUUUGUCGGCGAUAUGCCGGGGUUGGAGGUUGUUCAGUUAUGGGAAAAUAACUUUACCGGUAACAUUCCGGUGAGUUUGGGAACAAACGGAAGAUUAACUCUUUUAGACAUUUCAUCAAACAAGUUAACUGGAACACUUCCACCUUAUUUGUGUUCUGGGAAUCAUCUUCAAACUUUGAUAACUCUUGGGAAUUUUCUGUUUGGUCCAAUUCCUGAAUCUCUUGGUAAUUGUGAAUCUUUGAAUAGGAUUCGUAUGGGUGAUAAUUAUCUCAAUGGUUCAAUUCCUAAGGGUCUGUUUGGUUUACCAAAAUUGACUCAAGUUGAGCUUCAAGAUAAUUAUUUAUCUGGAAAUUUUCCUGAAACUCAUUCUGUUUCUGUUAAUCUUGGUCAAAUUACUUUGUCAAAUAAUCAACUUUCAGGAACUUUGCCUCCUACUAUUGGGAAUUUUUCAAGCAUGCAGAAGCUUCUUCUUGAUGGUAACAUGUUUUCUGGUAAGAUUCCAUCUCAGAUUGGAAGGUUACAACAGCUUUCAAAGAUUGAUUUUAGUCAUAAUAAGUUUUCGGGUCCUAUUGCUCCUGAGAUUAGUCAAUGCAAGCUUUUAACUUUCGUUGAUCUUAGUCAUAAUGAGUUAUCCGGGGUUAUCCCGAAUGAGAUUACGGGUAUGAGGAUAUUGAAUUACUUGAAUAUUUCGAGAAAUCAUUUAGUUGGUAGUAUUCCUGGUUCGAUAUCCUCAAUGCAAAGCUUAACUUCUGUUGAUUUUUCGUAUAAUAAUCUAUCUGGUUUGGUUCCUGGUACUGGUCAAUUUAGUUACUUUAACUACACGUCUUUUUUGGGAAACCCUGAUCUUUGUGGCCCUUAUUUGGGUGCUUGUAAAGAUGGUGUUGUUAAUGGUGCUAACCAAUCUCAUCAUGAUAAGGGUCAUCUUUCGUCUACUGUGAAGCUACUGCUUGUUAUUGGGUUGCUUGCAUGUUCCAUUGUGUUCGCUAUUGCAGCGAUAUUCAAGGCUCGGUCUUUGAAGAAGGCUAGUGAGGCUCGUGCAUGGAAAUUGACCUCGUUUCAACGUUUGGAUUUCACUGCUGAUGAUGUUUUGGAUUCCUUGAAGGAAGAUAACAUCAUAGGAAAAGGAGGUGCUGGCAUUGUUUACAAAGGGGCAAUGCCGAAUGGGGAACUCGUUGCUGUUAAAAGGCUUCCGGUUAUGAGCAGAGGUUCUUCUCAUGAUCAUGGAUUCAAUGCUGAGAUUCAAACAUUGGGGAGAAUCCGACACAGGCACAUUGUUAGGUUGUUGGGUUUCUGUUCAAAUCACGAGACAAAUCUUUUGGUUUAUGAGUACAUGCCUAAUGGAAGUUUAGGUGAAGUUCUUCAUGGAAAGAAAGGUGGUCAUUUAUAUUGGGAUACAAGGUAUAAAAUUGCCGUGGAGGCCGCAAAGGGACUUUGCUAUUUACACCAUGAUUGUUCCCCGCUUAUUGUUCAUCGAGAUGUGAAAUCAAACAACAUCCUUCUUGAUUCAAAUUAUGAAGCCCAUGUUGCUGAUUUUGGGCUUGCCAAGUUCUUGCAAGAUUCCGGAACAUCUGAAUGCAUGUCUGCUAUUGCUGGUUCAUAUGGAUACAUAGCUCCAGAGUAUGCUUAUACAUUGAAAGUUGAUGAGAAAAGUGACGUGUACAGCUUCGGUGUUGUUCUUUUAGAGCUUGUAACUGGAAGGAAACCAGUAGGAGAAUUCGGUGAUGGUGUGGACAUUGUGCAAUGGGUCAGAAAAAUGACAGACUCCAACAAGGAAGGAGUUCUAAAAGUUCUUGAUCCAAGACUUUCCUCAGUUCCUCUUCAUGAGGUCAUGCAUGUUUUCUAUGUAGCCAUUCUGUGUGUUGAAGAACAGGCAGUAGAAAGGCCAACUAUGCGCGAAGUUGUUCAAAUUCUGACAGAGCUUCCAAAGUCGCCCGAUUCUAAACAAGGAGACUCGACAAUCACAGAAUCCUCUUUAUCAACAUCAAAUGCUUUAGAAUCUCCAACUUCAGCCUCUAAGGAUCAUCAACAUCCUCCUCAAUCUCCUCAAUCGCCGCCACCUGAUCUCUUAAGCAUUUGAAUUGCUAUGUUGGUUUGCUUUAGGGUGUUUUCAACUUAAGUCCCUUUGUUUGUGGUAGCUUAUUUAUUAUGCAUUUAGUUUUAUCUUUUUUUAUUUGGGAUUGGGGUUUCUAACUUUAAGGUUAAUUAAUGUUUGGAUUUUUCAAAAGGGUUAUGUACAGUUGGAUUGGUUGUAGGGAAAAGGGGGGUGUUUUUUUCUUCUUAUGAAGUCGUUAUCUACAUCUAGCACUGCUUUUAAUUAUUGUUGUAUUGUGGCUGUUGUUAUUCUGAGGUUGCACAGAGGAGCAAUGUAUACAUCAAGUGUAGUCUUGGUUUCCUAUGAGAUCAGUGACAGGUAGAGUGAAAGGGACACACAAUAACACACAAAUGGGGUUGGGUAAUGUGACUGGUGAAAACUGUGAUCACUGAUCAGUGCCUUGAGGCUUUUGCCAAGUCAUGAUCUCUUUUCAAUUUUUUCUUUAUGGUUUGUUUAUGUUGAAGAUAUCAGUAACUAGUUCUAGUUGAGUCAUUCGUUGGUAUGAAAAUCAAAUUAAAUGAGACUUUAUAAAUGCCUUUAUGACGUUUCUAACCUAAGCAUAAUUUUUUAGUGAUACUGUAAGAAAUAAACAAGGGGAAAAAGAAAGAGAAUCAUAGCCUUAAUUUUUGUUGUU